AUGGACGGCAACUUCUCAAUCCAAUCUGGCAACCUCUCAGGAAAGCUGGCACCCAUCGGCCUCACUGUCUUCUCCGGACAGCCGUUCAUACAUCCAACUCGCAGCGUGUACAGCUUGAACCUUGGAGAGCGGCCAUACAUCUGGCUUCCCUAUGAGAGGCGAGAAUCAACAUGUCAGAUCCAAGAAUAUGCUACCAGCAGCUAA